UUUCAUAUUAGAUUCGUGGCAAUACUAGCUUGUCAUGUAGAAUUCUGCUUAUAUUUGCGGCAAAUUUUGAUAAUUAGAAAAAGGAAAGUAGGAAAAAAACGCAUUUUUAUAUUCCGAUUGGAUUCCGGUAUUCACAAAUUAUAAUUCCCCCAAAAAUGGACCUUAGCCUGUUCUCGGACGAUUCGUUCGACGCGCUCAAAUGGAUCAACACACAUUCCCACAUCGAGGGUGACAUCGCGACCAAAAAGGCGACCGUUUCCGCCCAGGUGUCCAAGCUGCAGGUCUACGUCGAGCAGAUCAACUUUGCGCUGGAAAAGUCGAGCAUUCAGGGGACGAACACCAUGCUGGUGGCGCUGAACGAUAUGAACUUGAUUCAGCGGGAGAUUAACUCGUUGAUGGGAACGAUCAAGCAGGUUCAGCAGGAGAUUGGACACGUUCAUCGGGACUCGGGGACGUAUUUGUCGAAUUUGGAGCGGCUGGAGUCGGUGUUUCAGAAGCUUCAAGCGGCGAAGCACGGCAUGCAGGAAUCGGAUGGUUGGAGGAAGCUGACCGGGGAGUUGGACGAGCUGCUGGAGCAGAACGAGAUUCAUCAGCUGUCGGGCAAGUUUGGGACGUUGAAGACCUCGAUGUUGGCGCAGACGGGAUUGCCGGGACAGGCGGAUCGGGAGGUUCAGUUGGAGUAUUUUACGAAUCGGAUUGAGGCUGCUGUUAGUCCGUUGAUCAUUCAGUUUAUUCAGCAAGCGGAUGCUGACAAUUACUCCAAGCAUGUCUACAUCUUUGAGAGCAUUGGAAGGUUGGCUCAGCUGGCGCAGUAUUAUAGGAAGGUCCAUCGAAACAUCUUGGUUGACAAGUGGGUCAAGAACGUGGAGUCCGACUCAAUUUGUGAAAUUUUGUCAAACUUUUACGACUGUUUGCUGAACUUUGUGCACCAACAGCUAAAGUGGUGCUCCCAAGUCGGUAUGGAUUCGUCGCAACCGAUUGAAGUUGUCAUCGAGACGCUGAUCUACCUGCAAAGUUCGCGGGAAACGAUCGUCGAGAAGGGUGUCCGGAAGUUCGCGGAAAAGUUCGAGCUGCUGACGGAUAUUUCAAACAUCAACAAAAAGUUCGAAGCUGCGGUAGAGAAGAUCAUCAAGGAUCAACGGAUCAACAGUUUGAAGCAGGAAGAACUAGCUGGAGCUAUUUACGGAUACUUUGCAACUUCAGUCGUGCAAUAUCUCCCGAUUGAGAGUGACGACUCCAAGAAGCUGCUGAAAGAGUUGCAGGUCAACAACGCAGAGAUCGCCGAAACUGUGCGCAGUCUGGCCAACGGCAAUGUGAAGCUCGCCAAAUGGGCGGAGAAGGCUCUUUCGCGCUGCGCUCACGUCACCCAGAACUACAGUUUGCCUCAGCUGGUCAAGGUGUUCCAGGAUAUGAUCGUUUCGUGGGUCGAGAACUUUGUGCUGGCUCAAAAGAAGCUGAUCACAUGUAGAACCGAACAGCUGGAUUGGAAUCUUAUUCAGUUGAAUAUCAACCUGCUUCAACAUCUUGGAGACUUCAUGGCGAACAUCCAGCUGCUAUCGGAGAACAUCGCCAAAAGUGCCAAAGAUUGUGAUCCAGCCAAGAGCAUCUACUGCAGUCAACUAUCGUCUAAGCAAGACAAACGAAGCAAGUUUUUGCUCUCCACCGAAGAGGACAUCUUCAACGAACUCUUCUCCGAGGAGAACAAGAUCGUCCGCGAUGCGGCCGUCAGGACGCACGACUCGAUCAUGAAGUUCAUCCUGUACGCAAUCGAGAAGCACUUCAACGGUAUGAGAUUCUCCGCCAACAAGGAAGGCGAAGGCUUCAACCUGCCCGACUACAGCUACGCUCCCCAGGAGUACAUCACCCAAAUCGGUCAAUAUCUGCUAACACUCCCACAGCACUUGGAGCCGCUGCUCCUCUCACCUUCACCGUCCCUCAAAUUUGCCCUGGAAAGCUGCGACGACGCGUACUCCAAGGACAAAUUCUGUGCCGACGUCCUGCUGGCGCUGAUCGUCGAGGAAACAACAGCCUUCUACCAGGAAAGUAUCGACAACAUCCAGAGUUUGACGGCCGCCGGGUCCAAACAGCUCGCCGUUGACAUCGAGUACUUCGGGAACGUGCUGGAAGAGAUGAGCUUGCCGUUCAACGCCACGCUGCAGCAAACGGUGGUGCUGUUGAGGACUCCGCUGGAGCAGUACAACACCGUCGGGACCGGGUACAACGCGCGGUUGGUGGCGAAGAUUCGCCAGAAGCGGAACAUUGUGUCGUCGUGAGGGGAAGAUGCAGUGGUCUAAU